AUGUCCGGUCGCAAGGACUUCCUGAGCCAGCCGGCGCCCGAAAAUUAUGUGGCCGGUCUGGGUAGAGGUGCGACAGGAUUCACAACGCGCUCAGAUCUCGGUCCUGCACGUGAAGGUCCCAGCGAAGAACAGAUCAAAGAAGCUCUCGCAAAGCGUGCCGCCCAGCUCGGAAAUGCGCCGCCAACAGCCUAUGGAGUUGCAGGAAAGAAGGAGGACGACGAUGACGAUGACGAACGCUUCCAGGAUCCUGAAAACGAGACCGGCCUCUUCGCCAGCGGAAACUACGAUCGCGAGGAUGAUGAAGCCGACAAGAUCUACGCAGAAGUCGAUGCGAAGAUGGACAAGAGACGCAGAGCUAGACGCGAGGAACGCGAACGGAAAGAAAGAGAAGAAUACGAGCGCAACAACCCGAAAAUCCAGCAGCAAUUUGCCGAUCUGAAGAGAGAACUUGGAGGCCUCACCGACGAAGACUGGCAGAACAUUCCCGAAGUUGGAGACUUGACAGGCAAGAACCGAAGAGCAAAGGCAAACUUGCGUGAGAGGUUCUACGCUGUCCCUGACAGUGUCUUGGCUGGCGCACGAGAUUCGACACAAUUCGACACAACCGUCAACGAUGACGGGGCUCAACCUAGUGCUGCUGCAGAUAACCUGGAAGGUGCCAUGACCAACUUUGCUCACAUCGGAAAGGCAAGAGACAAGGUGCUGCAAGUCCGUCUCGAUCAAGCCGCGCAAGACGACGUCGCUUCCGGAACCGCAACCAAUAUCGAUCCCAAAGGCUACUUGACUUCCCUGACCAGAUCCGAGGUCAAGGCUAGCGAAAUCCCGGUCGCUGAUGUUGCAAGAGCGCGUGAGCUGCUUAGAUCCGUCAUUAAUACCAACAAGAAGCAUGGCCCUGGUUGGAUUGCCGCUGCCCGUCUUGAAGAAUUCGCUGGUAAAAUUGUCGCCGCACGGAACCUACUAGCUCAAGCAGUCGAAUUCUGCCCAAAGUCCGAAGAUGUCUGGCUAGAAUCUAUGCGCCUGAACGAGAAUCACAACGCUAAGAUCAUCGCUAAAGAAGCUCUCAAAUACAACGAUCGCUCCGUGCGCCUCUGGGUUGAGGCCAUGAAGCUGGAAACCAUCAUGUCCAACAAGAAGCGAGUCCUGAGGCAAGCUCUUGAUCAUGUACCGCAGUCGGUGGCCAUCUGGAAAGAAGCUGUUAAUCUGGAAGAGGACCCAGCCGAUGCCCGACUGUUGCUCGCCAAAGCUACGGAGCUAAUUCCGUUGUCUGUGGAUUUGUGGCUUGCUCUUGCUCGAUUGGAGUCACCUGAGAAUGCACAGGUCGUCCUGAACAAGGCAAGAAAAGCCGUUCCGACUUCUUGGGAGAUCUGGGUGGCUGCUGCAAGACUUCAAGAGCAGAUUGGCGCCGAGCAGAUGGUGGGGAAGAUCAUGGAUCGUGCUGUAAAGUCACUGGCUCGUGAAUCAGCUAUGUUAGAGCGCGAACGCUGGAUCGAAGUGGCUGAGAACUGUGAAGAUGAGGGUGCGAAUCUCACUUGCAAAGCUAUUGUUGAGCACACUCUCGGAUGGGGUCUGGAUGAGGACGACGAUCGAAAGAAAAUCUGGAUGGACGAUGCAAAGUCUUCUAUGGUUAGAGGUCGCUAUCAAACAGCGCGCUCCAUCUACGCCUAUGCAAUUCGAGUGUUCCCCAGCAGCAGCAUCAUAUGGCUAGCCGCUGGUGACAUGGAGCGCAACCAUGGCACAAAAGAGUCGCUCGUUUCGUUGCUGGAGAAAGCAGUCGAAGCAGUGCCUACCAAUGAGGUUCUUUGGAUGCGUUUGGCUACAGAGAGGUGGAACUCGGGAGAUAUAGACGAGGCCCGCAGAGUCCUAGGCAAAGCCUUCCAGCAACAACCUGGUAACGAAGACAUUUGGCUAGCGGCUGUCAAGCUCGAAGCAGACAACGGAGAAGUUGGCCAAGCUCGCGAGCUCCUCAAGACAGCUCGUCAAGAGGCAGGCACUGACAGAGUCUGGAUCAAGAGUGUUGCUUUUGAGAGACAACAAGGUGACAGAGAGGCUGCUCUCGAUCUUGUCAACCAGGGUCUGCAACUUUAUCCCAAAGCUGCAAAGCUCUGGAUGCAAAAAGGACAAAUUUACGACAAUAAAGGUAUGCUUGCGCAAGCACGUGAAGCCUUCAACACAGGAACCAGAGCAUGCCCUCAGAGUGUACCGCUGUGGCUACUUGCAGCUCGCACAGACGAAAAGGCAGGUAUCAUCGUCAAAGCACGCAGUAUUCUUGACCGAGCACGUCUUGCGGUACCGAAAAAUCCCGAGCUUUGGACAGAGUCAGUACGACUCGAGAGACGAGCAGGGAACAAUGCUGCAGCCAACCAAAAGAUGGCCCAGGCAUUGCAGGAGUGCCCCACCAGUGGGCUGCUAUGGAGUGAAAGAAUUUGGCAUCUCGAAGCCCGUACACAGCGCAAGCCCAGAACGCUGGAGGCGAUCAAGAAGAACGAUAGCGACCCGAUCUUGUACGUGACUGCUGCGCGUGUCUUCUGGGGUGAGCGCAGACUGGACAAGGCAGUGACGUGGUUCGAGAAGGCUAUCGUCCUGGAUCCAGAUAUUGGUGACUCAUGGGCAUACUAUCUGAAGUUCUUGAGGCAACACGGUACGGAAGAGAAGCAGGAAGAAACCAUCAACAAAUGCGUGCUCAGCGAGCCCAAGCAUGGAGAGGUCUGGCAGAGUAUUGCAAAGGCUCCCGAGAACGCCAAAAUGGGCAUUGAGGAGAUCCUCAAGCUCGUCGCCAGUAAGCUAGAUUAA